AUGACAGAGCUCUUAAAAUAUCCUCAAGCCAUGAAAAAACUCCAAGCCGAAGUCAGAAGAAUAGCCCAACCCAACCAACCUAUAAUUGAGGACGAUCUAGACCAGAUGCCUUAUCUAAAAGCUGUGAUCAAGGAGACGCUACGCCUCCAUCCUUCGGCUUCCAUUAUCCCGCCCCGGGAGUCGACCAAAGAUGUCCAAGUAUACACGCGUGCUCGUCAACGCUUAGGUGAUCUGCGGGAUCUAGUGUCGUGGGACGAGCCCGAGGAGUUUAGGCUUGAGAGAUUUUCGAACCGUCCGAUCAAUUUCAAAGGGCAAGAUUUCGAUUUGAAGUUUGAUUUUGCAUUGCCUAAUGGGGUGGAGUUGGAUGUGAGUGAAGGUGGUGGUAUGACUGUUCAUAAAAAGUUCCCUCUACUUCUUGUUGCAACUCCUUGGUCUUGCUAA